AUGUCGCCAUACAAGUUGGUGUUUGGAAAGGCGUGUCACUUACCGGUGGAGUUGGAGCAUAGAGCUUGGUGGGCGUUGAGGCAGUUGAAUCUCGAUAUUGAAGCUGUAGGAACAAGUAGAGUCACAGAGUUGAACGAGCUUGAUGAGUUUCGAUAUCAGCCUUUUGAGAGCACAAGAUUAUACAAGGAGAGAAUGAAGAUGAUACAUGAUAAAAAUAUUCUUGAGCGGAGUUUUAAACCCGGAGAUACGGUAUUGCUAUACAACUCAAGACUGAGGUUAUUUUCGGGAAAAUUAAAGUCAAGAUGGUCAGGGCUAUUUCGUGUGGUUGAAAUUCACCCCACUGGUGCCGUAGAGAUUGCUACAGAAAAUGACUCUCGCACAUUCAGAGUCAAUGAGCACGGAUUAAAACAUUAUGUGGGCAUGGAUGAAGCAUAG